AAUAAAUUUUCGUCCAUCAGGUAUCACAAGUAUCAAAGUAUUUAAAUAAUUUGAAAAUUUAGCGCCAAAAGUAACCUAGCUUUACGUGAAAUUAAAUCUUGUUUUUCAUUGGUCGACUAAUGGAAAGGUACAAUGAACCAAUAAGCUGAUAAAAAAAUAAAAAAUAAAGCUGUGUAUGUGUUAUUUUUUUCCUCAACGAGUCGUCAAAAUUAUAAUGAGUUAAUUUAAUAAUUAUAUAAAUAAAUAAAUUUAUUAAAAAAUACAGAAAUAAUAAUCAUGGGUAAAGAUAACGAGGUGGAUUCAUCGAAAAAACGUAAAAAAACAAGUUUAAGUGGUGGUAAUAAUGGAACUUUUAAAGACUCUACUGAUAUGUACAAGGCAAUAAUAACAUUUGAAGAAGAGGAAGCAAUGGCCCGUUCAUCAGAAGCUGAUUCAGUUAAUUUUUUUUCUUCUUGUAACAUGAUACGAGAAUCAAUGGAAAAAAUUUCUAAACUGAAAUCAAAUGAUGAUGAUCCAAGUGCAAAGGAUGAGAUACGUGAAUUGCAAAUACAAAUAUCAUUGGAAUUUAUUGAGCUUAAAAAACUCAAUAGAAUGGAAAAAUUUCGUACUAAAUAUGCAAGAGAUUUAUUGUCAAAUGCCAAGAGUGGUGUUGAUAGUCGUCAUCUACAAUUGCAAAAUUUACUAUACGAAGUAAUGCAUUCAAAAAAAGAAGUAAUUAAAUGUCUACAAUUUAAAUCCAAAGAUGAACUCAUUGAACUUGUAUCAGAGGAUGAAUUUUACAAUGAAGCACCAGAGUCCAUAUCUCGUCCGUCAAUUACAAAAAAUAAUGAUCAUCAACUUCGUUUGGCUCGUCUUGAGUGGGAAUUAACACAGAGAAAACAGCUAUCAUUAUUGUGUGAUGAAUUAACUGAAAGUAAAAAAGGUGUUGGUUUAAAUAUUGAAUUAAAACAAUUUCGUUUGGAUAAUUUAGCACCACAAUUACGUACAAUACUUGAUGCUAGUAAACCAUUACAAGAUAGUUUAGGUAUUGGUAUUGAUAAAAUACAUGAUGAACAUAAAAAAGCAAGUUUAUUACCAGUAUCAUUGUAUGUAUUAUAUUCAAAAACAACAGCAUAUCGUGAUGCAUAUGAUAUAGAAUUAAAUGUAAAUGUUAAUGGUGAUGAAGAUGAAGCUAAAAGAAUUAAUAAUCAAGAUGGUAUACAAGAUUCUGAUUCUGAUUCUGAUAAUCCAACAUUAGAAGGUGCUAUUGAUGAAACAAUUGUACAUAAAAAACGUCAUCAUCGUAUAUCAAAAGAAGCUAGAAUUGAAGAAAAAAAAAUGAAAAUAUUACAACGUCAUCCAUUGAGUGUUGAUAUUAUUAUUUAUAUUAAAAAUGAUAUUAAAUUAACAUUACGUUUUUAUUAUAUGAUGUUAUUAAAAAUAAUAACAGUUGAAUCACAUUUAGAAACAGUUAUUAAUAAAAUUAAUGAUACUGAUGAUAUUAAUAAUACAAAUAAUAUAUUAUCAUCUGAAUCAAUUUUACGUUCAUUAUAUGAUAAUGAUAUGGGUAUUGAAUCACCAAAUCCAGCAAAUAAUUAUCAUUUAUCAAAAUAUAAUUUUGGUAAAUUUACAACACUUGGUAUUGGUAUGCCAUAUAAAUGGGCACAAAAUAUGGCUGGUUUAAAUUUUAUAACACAAAAUAUUAAAAAUUAUAAUAAUAAAAUAACAACAGCAAAUAAAUUGGCUCAUUAUAGUGUUGAAAAUGUUAUUAAAGAAAUUAAAAAACGUAUUAAAUCACGUAUAGAACUUUACAAUGAAAUUCGACAACUUGAAAAAGGAAAUUUUAUAAAUUCAACUGUACAAUUAAUGCCACAAAAAAUAACAACAUAUCUUUAUAAAUUUACAUCAUUAAAAGAUCAUGUUAUUGAUGACAAUGCUGAUGAUGAUGAUGAUAAUAAUGAAGAAUCAUCAGUUAAUAUGCAUUAUGAAGCAGUAUUACGACAUGGAAAUAAUGAAAUGAUUGCUCGUAUUACAAUUAAACCAGAUUAUCCAAAAGUCAUUCCAGUAUUUAAAUUAAAAAUAAAUUCAGAAGUAUCUGGUGGUGUUGAUGAUGUUAUUCGUGAUAUUGAAAGAGAAGUUAAUGUCAUGUGGGAUACAACUGAUACAACAUCAACAACAACACCACCAACACCACCAACAACUAUAUCAAGUCAAAUUCAACGUUUAUGUGCUUGUUUUGAUAUUUAUCUUGAAACUGAAAAUAUUGUAACACGUGAAAAAAUAUUUUUUCAUCCAGUUAAAGGUAGAAGUCGUGCAAGACCAUACAAAUAUUUGUCAAUUGGAGGUGGUAUAUUUACACAACGUUAAUUUUUAAACGAAUAUUUAUAAAAUAAAUAAACAAUAAUUUCAUAAAUAAUAUAAAAACAUGUUUUUUUUUCAUUUCUUUAAAUAUCAAUUGUUAUUUUUGUUAUUUUUCCUACUGUCAUAAUAUAAUUUUUUAAUGACAUACGUAAUUUUUUAUUUUCAAUUAUUAAAUUUUUUUUUUCAUCAUUAUAAAUUAUAUUUUCAACUUUAAUAUUAUUAUAUUUUUCCCAAAAAUUUUCCAAUUUAUCAUAUGGAUUUAUAUGCUUUAAAUUUUCAUAUGUUACAACAUCUUUAUCAUCAUCAUAAUCAUCAUUUAAUAAAUCAUAUUUUUUAAUUGUCGCUAAUAAAUUUGGUUCAGCUAAAUUUGUACAAAUUUUAAAUAACGUUAUUAUUAAUGUAAUUUUAUUUUUAAUAUUUUUUAAUUUACUUAUUGCAUUACCACUAAUGACUGUUAGCUUUUUCAAUUUAAUUUCAUGUAUUUUUUGAUUUAUUUGUAUAUCAUUUUUUAGUAUUUUAAUAUUUUCAUUUAAAUUUUGAUAUUUAUUAUUGAGAUUUUUUAUUAUUUCACCUGUAUU